AUGGAUGAUCAAAACCGACCAAACAUCACCACCACAAACUGCUCCACGCUUCCUCCUGCACCUCCUCUGGCAGCAGCAGUGGAGCAAGUUCGUACCCGAUGGACGCCGAAGCCAGAACAAAUCCUCAUCCUUGAGUCCAUCUUCAACAGUGGAAUGGUGAAUCCUCCCAAGGAUGAAACAGUUCGGAUCCGUAAGCUACUUGAGAAGUUCGGUGCCGUAGGGGAUGCCAACGUCUUCUACUGGUUCCAGAACCGGCGGUCACGGUCCCGUCGUCACCAACGACGUCUACAAGCCAGCCUAGCGAUGCAGCAGGCUGCAGCAGCACUCAGCGGCCAUCUCAGCGAACCACCCUCAUGGACUUAUUCUUUAAGCACCUCAUCUUCUGGUAGUUCUUGUGGAGGAGGAGGUGGGCCAGGAGGGUUAGGGUUCUUUCCUUUCUCCUACGCCUCUUCUUCUUCUUCGAGCUUCAUGGUUAACCUAAGCCCCAAUGAUCUCUUCACGAUCUCGCAUCAGAGCGGUAUUACUCCCUUCAUGUGCUCAUCUGAUCAUGUCUCAAAAUUGCUAUACCAAACUGGGACAAUACCAGUGUUUAUUGAUGGAGUUCCUUCUGAGGUUCCAAGAGGACCAAUAGAUAUGAAAGCAUCCUUUGGGGACAAUGUGAUUAUUGUCCAUUCCUCUGGACAAAUUCUACCUGUCGAUGAGCAAGGCAUUCUCAUUCAGAGCUUGCAGAUGGGUGAAAGUUAUUUCCUGGUCAGUUACAAGAUCUACUUAACAGGCAGCAGUUUGAUGUCUUCAAGCAAUUUGAAUGGGGUUGGUCAGUAUAAUGCAUGA